AAAUGAACAAACUUAUCAAAGAGAGGUUCCAUCAAAGCUUUGAACUAUCGAAUGACGGGGCUUGUAAAGAUAUGAUUCAUGCACUCUGAUCCAAAAUUUACUCCCUUAAAUUCUGUGCAGAAGCUUCUCAGAGUUACCAGAAAAAGGAUAAACAUUCAUACAACAAAACGUGGGAAUCUGUUAGGCCACCACACGGCAGAAGGUUGCAGCAACAGCUUGUACAAUGCUACCUUCUUCCCAGCACCUUCUAGUCCUCUCUCUCUCUCUCCUUAUAUACACCCAAGAGUCGAGACAAAGAGACUCGGGAGAGUGCAUAAAAAAAUGAAGCCCAUCGACGGCAAGAAGGACACGGUGACGAUCCGGGCGGUGAGCCACGACGAGGAUGGCCGGAAGAGGGUGGAGAAGAUGAAGCUCCACACCCACAACAUCGACACCGUCAAGUACGUCGAGAAGAAGCUCAUAGACAAAGGCGUGCAGCGACUGGACCGCCACCCGAAAGACGGGACUGGGAUCGGGAGGCCUCCGCCCAAGUCUGGCCAUGGUGGCAAGUACACGUGGGAGGGGCCUGGUGGCGUGGCGGAUGAUGUGACGGACCCGGUCCCGGUGGCGAUCGACGAGAGGGAUCCGAACUACGUGGAUGAGGAGAAGGAGGAAAUGAUCGUGAAGGGGGAGGAUGAUGACGUGGCGGGGCUGGUUGUGGGGGAGGUGGAGGUGGCGAAGGCGGCGGAGGACAAGGAGGGGUUUAGUAGAGUUGAGGUGGUUAAUCCUCGUCACCUCAAAACUUAAGUUGUUGAUCUUUGUAACCUAACGUUGUACUAGAGAGCUUACUAAAAUUAAAAUGUUGUGACUUGUGUGUAAUUAUUUGGUUGUGGCUUUGUAACGUAAUGUUGUGACUUGUCUA